AUGUCCCUGAUUGAGGCCGCUCCCUCAUCCACUCUGUCCAUUGAAGAGAUUUGUUUGAAUCUGGACAAGUUGAAGAAGGAUUACGAGAUCACAACGAAAGCAUGUUCCAAAGCAGCAAAGGAUAAGGCUCGCUUCACGUCCUUGUUGGAACAACACCAAAACGAUAUCCAACAAACGAAAGCCUUCAUUGAACAACAAAUUCAGCACAGAGCUCACCUCGAGCAACGAACGGUUGAACUAGAAUGGAAACUAAAGAUGAAGGACAAUGAGCUGUUGCAUGUACAAUCCCUGAUGCAAGAAGAGCAGAAACAAACAGAAGAAACAUGCAACAAAUGCGAUUCAUCACUUGAUCAACUUUCUCUCAAAGCGGAAGAGUACAACACCAAAUUACAACGAUCAAAUAAGAUGAAACAACUCAUGUUAGAAGAAACUAUUAGCCUUAGAAAUACCUUUUCCGAAAUGAAUGAAAGAAAAAAGAACAUGCAACAGCAGCUGAAAGAUCUGGAAGAAAGCACUUCUCAUAUUCAGGAUACUUUGUACGAACUAGACGACCAGUUGAGUGCUAUCAUGAGAACAAAUGCAGAGAAAUUAAAGGACACCCAAAGAGAGCGCAUGGAUCAAUUGUUGCUAGCUGAGCAGCAACAAUGCAACGAACAAAUGAAGUUGAUCAAUUUGGAAUUGAGAGACUUACGGCAGCGCAAGCAUAAUCUCACUCAACAAGUAGAAUCAAAGAAAAAACUACGAGAUGCUUUGCAAGAUGAGUUGCAACACUUGAGUCAGGAGAUGAAGCAGAUUCGUAAACCGCUCGAGAAGAAUAUUUGCAGCGAAGAAAAUGUUGUAUCUUCUGAUGCAAAUAGUAACCAAGUGAAUCUCACUAACCCCUUCUCGACACACUUUGCCUCCAAUUCAAAUAAGCUCGAGCCAAGACGACAAUUUACGUUCAAAAAACAAGUAAGGAACGAAUCAAAUUCUGGAUCAAACAACAAUGCUAAUUCAUUGGCACCGUCCAUAUCACCAGUGACUCCAGAUGUGAGGCUUCUGAAACGAAAAUCAUCCAACCAAGAGGACCAUAAUCAACUACAAUCAGCUAACCAGAAGCCACUCACCACUCCCAAAAAGAAUGAAUUCAGGACUGCGAAAGAAAUACUUCAAAGCAAGCCUUUAUCUACUGCACAUUCACUCCAGGCUAGUCCAUCCACCUACACGUUCAAAAAGACGAAGAAGGAUUAA